CAAGUACUAGUACAAAUACAUGCUCUUGUAGCUCAAGAACUUGCACAUGCUUUGUCUUUGUUUCUUUGAUUUGCAAACAUGGUUUCAUCUUCUCCUCCACCAGCUCCAAAGGAAGUUCCUUCAGAUGAGAAAUGGGCAGAAGAUGGUCCUCCUCGCGAAGCGAAAUGGUGGUACUCAACUUUUCACACAGUUACUGCGAUGGUUGGUGCUGGUGUUCUCAGCUUGCCUUAUGCCAUGGCCUACUUAGGAUGGGGUCCAGGGACGGUAGUUAUGAUCUUAUCAUGGUGUAUAACCUUACACACAAUGUGGCAAAUGAUACAACUCCAUGAAUGUGUUCCCGGAGUUCGUUUCGAUCGGUACAAGGAUCUUGGUAAACAUGCCUUUGGACCAAAACUUGGGGCAUGGAUAGUACUUCCACAACAACUAAUUGUCCAAGUUGGUUGUGACAUUGUGUACAUGGUUACUGGAGGAAAGUGUCUGAAGAAGUUCAUGGAAAUAGCUUGCACAAAUUGCACCACAAUAAGGCAAUCCUAUUGGAUUUGCAUAUUUGGUGCAAUCCAUUUCUUUCUAUCACAGCUUCCCAAUUUCAAUUCUGUUUCUGGUGUUUCAUUAGCAGCUGCAGUCAUGUCACUGAGCUAUUCAACUAUAGCAUGGGUAGGUUGUGUAGGCAAAGGCAGAGUCCCGAACGUGAGCUACGCGUACAAGAAAACAAGUCCAGCUGAUUCUAUGUUUCGCGUCUUUAACGCGUUAGGUCAAGUUUCCUUUGCUUAUGCUGGUCAUGCUGUUGUCCUUGAGAUACAAGCCACUAUUCCAUCGACACCUGAGAAGCCCUCGAAAGUUCCAAUGUGGAAAGGCGCCGUAUGGGCCUAUUUUGUCAAUGCCCUGUGCUAUUUCCCCGUUGCUUUCAUCGGGUAUUGGGCAUUUGGCCAAGAUGUCGAUGACAACGUGCUCGUGGGACUUGAAAGGCCAUCUUGGCUUAUUGCAGCUGCUAACUUAAUGGUGGUUGUUCAUGUCAUAGGCAGCUAUCAGGUUUAUGCUAUGCCAGUGUUUGAUUUGAUGGAGCAAAAAAUGGUGAAAACCUGGAAUUUCCCACCUGGAAUAAUGCUGCGCUUCUUCGUUCGUACUGCAUAUGUUGCUUUCACUUUGUUUCUUGGUGUAACAUUCCCUUUCUUUGGUGAUCUUCUUGGUUUCUUUGGAGGAUUUGGUUUUGCUCCUACUUCUUAUUUUCUCCCCUGCAUAAUGUGGCUUAAGAUCAAGAAACCAAGGAGAUUCAGCAUGUCAUGGUUGAUAAAUUGGGCAUGCAUAUUCAUUGGAGUUUUCAUUAUGAUAGCUUCCACAAUUGGUGGAUUGAGAAAUAUUGUUGCUGAUUCUUCCACCUAUGAGUUCUACUCUUGAAGAAAUUGCUUCAUUAAAUAGAGAAAAUUACAUUUGAGUUUAACAUAAAUCUAUUAUGAUUAUGUACUAAAAUAACUAGUGAAUUGGAGUACAUCUAAUCCAGCAAAUCUAGUUAAGUAUUCAAUAUUUAGUAUUAGGAGUUUGUUAAGAUUUCUGAUUCAGAAUUUUAGCAAAUUCUCUUUUUAUCCAUUAUUUCAGUUGGAUUCUGGCACUGAGCUGUGUAUCAGAAAGCCCAAACAUAUCCUGUAAUGACAGUUCUGUUUAUCUAUGGAAAAUAGUGUUCUUCUGCAAUUA